AAGAUGGCUGCCUCCAUACGAAGUGUAUGUAAACAAUUUCGAUUGCUAACCUCGCUGCUGAAGCGGACCCAAUGUGCAACUCAUGUUCACCACAGCCAAAUACUUUGGCAUACUCAACGUCGUUAUUUCAGAAUACAAGGAUGCCUGCAGCAUGGGGAUUAUGAAUGGCAAGAUCCUAAGUCAGAGGAUGAGGUAGUGAAUAUUGUUUAUAUUGAUCGUCAAGGAGAGAGACACAACGUCAGAGGGAAAGUUGGUGACAAUGUCAUGUACCUCGCUCACAGACACAAUAUUGAAAUGGAAGGGGCAUGUGAAGCAUCUCUGGCUUGCAGUACCUGCCAUGUGUAUGUCAAGGAUGAAUAUACAGAUAAAUUACCUGAACCUGUAGAGGAGGAAGAAGACAUGUUGGAUAUGGCAACAUUCCUUAAAGAAAACUCAAGAUUAGGUUGUCAGAUCAUCUUAACGAAGGAGUUGGACGGCAUUGAGGUGACGUUGCCUAAAGCCACCAGGAACUUUUACGUUGACGGGCACGUUCCACAGCCACACUGAUAUUUGCUCUUACGUCUCUACAACAGCAGGUCUUUUUGUAUUUGUAUGUAAAUCUGUGGAUGGAGGGAAUGGAAGUAUGGAAUUGUUUACCUCUGUCUGUGUGCUGGGUGUGUGGUGCUCAAUUUUCUGCAUCUUAAACGUUUUAUACAAGUGCUAGAGUCAGUGUGUGCACACGUUUUUUUUUGUAACACCUGACUUGAUGGUGUUGCUAAACCUGUUUCUUGACCUCAAGUGCAAGUCCAGAUUCUUGUGGGUUUUUUGUUGUUGUGAUUCUCAUGUUUAUUAGAAAGUAAAGAAAGAGACCAUCAUACUAAGAACGCCUUUGAUUAUUUUCAAAUUCACUGCCCUUUAAUUUAAAGUCGAAAGCCAUGAUCACUUUGACCUCUGUUAUAAUUUUUUUAAAAAGAAACUUAAAACAUUGCUGAAAUGUCAAGCGCUGGUUAUGGUAAUAGGAACAGUGUACGGGUACUUUAAAAUAUAUGACAUAAAUGUCCUAGUAGGCAGAAUAAAGUCUUUGUUUCAGUGUAGUUUAAGUCCUAGAUAUAAUUUAUGUUUGGAUGAUCUUUCAUUCAUACAAUAAUUUUAUGUUACUUGUAAAUUUUCGCAGCAUAUAAACAGAGCUCUUUUUCUUUAAAUAGUGCACCUUUUAUAUUUAGUAGUUUUUCAGUAGAGGUUUUACAGCGCUCCCAACUGCAUUAGGUCAUAUGAGCGUACAUUUUAUAUUUAAAAAUGAAGACUUCAUUUGGUUAACAUCUCUUGUUUCAUUACUUGUGUGUCACAUCUAGAUCUAUCAUUGUUGUGAUCUAGGCAGAAUAUGAAGCUUUGGUAUAACCGGGGCCAUAGAUGUACUUCUUUACCGUUCUUACAACCCACCAUAUUAAGUGAUAUCUUUUUUUUUUUUCAUGAGUAAUUUUCUGUUGCUACACCUUACUACAAACUGAUUGUUUAAGUGAAAAGAAAUGUUGUUUUGUUGUUUUUGUUACUGGGGAUCGGGAUGUGAUAUCUACUAAGACUUAGAUGGAUUUUUUCAUAAACGCUGUAAUUUUGAGUAUCUUUUUUGUUUGUUAGUAUGUUUAUAUGCUACUGAUUUAAUAUCUUUCAGUGUUAGUCACGUGGUGACAUUUUCAGUUUUGACUGUUCGUUCUACUGUGAUGUCCUGUGAUAUUUCUUGGCUUUAUUAUAGGAAUGAUGUGAAAAAAGAACUUUCUUGCUCCUCCAGGCGUGUACAUACGUUAUAUGAAAACCCACCAUGUUGCUUUAUAGUAAUCAUAUAUAUUUCAAAAUCAUGUCGAUGAUGUCAUCAAGCAGGUUUCAUAGCAAUAAACGAGCAUGUAUGUUAA